AUGCCGGCACAGCGCUCCAACCUCGCUCUCCUCGCCCACCUGUGCGUGUCACUGGCCGCCGUGGCUAGAGGCGCCGCCGCGACGUCCUACAGCGUCGUCGACUACGGCGCCGUGGCCGACGGCCGGACGGACUGCGCCAGCGCGUUCCUCAGCGCUUGGGCCUCGGCGUGCGCGGAGGAGGACUCGGCCGCGGUUGUCGUGCCGGCAGGUGAGUUCUUGGUGUCCAGGGCGAGGUUCAGCGGCCCGUGCCGGAGCGGCGCGGUGACCGUGGACAUCGCGGGUACGGUGCUCGCGCCGGUGCCGUACGCCGGCGUGCAGCUCUGGAUCGUGUUCCAGAACGUGGACGGGGUGACCAUCAACGGCGGCACGCUCGACGGCAGGGGCCAGGCGUACUGGGCGUGCCGGAGAGCCGGCGGCGGCUCGUCUUGCCCCGCCGCAACAAGGUCGUUGACGAUAUACCGGUCUAGGAACGUGCUGAUCCAAGGCCUGACGUCGCUGAACAGCGCCGGCAUCCAUGUGACGGUCCAGUCGAGCACCGGCGUGGCGAUAGUGGACACGGUGGUGUCGGCGCCGGGGGGCAGCCCCAACACGGACGGCAUCCACAUCAAGCAGUCGAGCGACGUCACCGUCCGGAACGCCAGGAUCGGCACCGGCGACGACUGCAUCUCCAUGGUCGAGGGCUCGUCGGACGUGUGGAUUCAAGGCGUCAGCUGCGGCCCGGGGCACGGCAUCAGUAUUGGGAGCCUGGGCGACACGCCGGAGCAGCUGGCCGUGCGGAACAUCACCGUCAGGGCCGUCACGCUCGCCGGUACGACCAACGGGCUGCGGAUCAAGACGUGGGCCAAGGCCAACAACGGGCUCGUCGACGGCGUCGCGUUCUCCGACGUGGUCAUGAGGGACGUCCGGAACCCCAUCAUCGUCGACCAGAACUACUGCCCGGGAAACGUGAGCUGCCCCACCGAGGGAUCGGGGAUCAAGAUCACCAAUGUCUCAUUCACGGACGUUGUCGGGACGUCGGCGACGCCGGUGGCCGUGCGGUUCGACUGCAGCCCGAGCCGGCCGUGCUCCGGAAUCACCAUGCGUAACGUCCGGCUGAGCUACGGGAAGCAGCCGGGAGCGGCCGAGUCGCUCUGCCGGAAUGCGCAUGGAGUUGCCUAUGGGCAGGUUGUUCCACCGAGUUGCCUGGCUGACCAGGAAAUGCUUUGCCAAAAGUGA